AUGGAAAACGAGGGCGCCUACCUGACGAUGAUCUACGAUUUCGAGUUUAUCGACGACACCUACAUGAUGCCGGUUGAAGAGGAUGGGAAAACAGUGCUAAAAGCCCUGGACCAAUGCGGCAACGGUCCAUAUGAUGAAAACGGGCGGGUACGGCCGGAGGCGGUGCCCUACAACAAAAACCACGACCGCAUCUACUACGAGCAUCCGCUGAAGAUGAUGGCCGAUUCGGAGCGAAUGUCGCUUCUAUCGCACAAACUCGUCAAAGAACUGCUAAAAUUGAAGUGGAAUAACCUCGGGAAAUACGUCUACUAUUCGGCCUCAUUCGUCUACCUCGUGUUUUUGCUGUGCUUCACCACCUUUCUCGCCAUGAUCCCGGCGCCGUUUAACGUACGAUACGGCAAUGGGACGAUGAUGGACCUGAUGGACGAUGCGAACGCUACGUGUAGUUCGGCUCAAGACUUCCACAACGCCUAUAUCAACCUCUUCAAAACGAUCGUCAUGUGUCUAGCCGGCGCGCAGAUUGUUAAAGAGAUCUACCAAUUCUACACGCGCCGCUGGGCCUACCUCUCGUUGGAAAACCUGCUCGAAAUCUUCAUCUACACGGCGGCAAUCAUGACGAUGUACGACUUCUCUCCCUGCUCCGAGCACUCGGCGAUACGUUUGAACUGGCAAUGGAUGCUGGCGACGCUGGGCACAUUCUUGGCGUGGAUCAAUUUGCUACUCCUCAUCCGCAAGCUGCCCCGGUUUGGCAUCUUCGUGCUGAUGUUCGUCGACGUGUUCAAGACGUUCACCCGGUUCGCGCUCAUCUUUUUCCUGUUCAUCACCGCCUUCUCGAUCACCUUCUUUUUGAUGAUGCAGAAUCGGCCGGAGUUCUCCACGAUUCCAAUGUCGAUCGUCAAGACGCUGGUGAUGACCAUUGGGGAGAUGGAGUACAACGGCAUCUUCCACGGCACAGUCGAUGUACACGAGGAGAGCCUAUUCUCCAAGGCGAUCGCGUUCCCGGUGUUUUUCCUGUUUUGCGUGCUGAUGACGAUCCUCCUGAUGAACCUGCUGGUCGGUUUGGCCGUCGACGACAUCAAGUCGGUACAGGAAAAGGCCGAGCUGAAGCGGCUGUCGAUGCAGGUCGACCUGGUGCUCCAGGUGGAGCGCUCGAUGUCGUUUUGGCGGAAAAAGUUUACGCGCUCCCGGCUUUCGUUCUACCCGAAUCGAAUCACAAAAUGGAAGAGAUUCCGUCGCUUGUUUGGUGCCAAUCAACUCGAUGAUUACAGCGAUGUUUACGAUCAGCAAGCGGCAGAGGAAGAGAGCAGCGGGUUGAAGCGCGAGCUGGGCAUGCAGCGCGAGCUGAUCAACCACUUGCAGACGAAUGUCGACUAUUUGUACGAGAAGCAGGUGAAAUUCCAAGAUAUGCUCGAGUCGAUCAUGGAGAAAUUGGAGACGAUUUCGAGCGACAGCCGGAAGAUGCUCGCAAAUUCUAGCUCAGCGGAGGCAGCGCAGAAGCUCGAAAAAUCGAGCUCUGCCGAGGCUGUGCCACCGGCUAGUCGAGACGCUACACACCUGCUCACAACUGACCAGGACUUCAAGAUGGCCGAUGACGAC